AUGGAAAAUAACCAAAAUCCUCCUGAGACUUGGCAAGACGCUUUCCAACGCCAACAAGAGUCAAUUAACCGAAUACAAGCCCAACAUGAGCAGCUCCACCACUUGGUUGCUGCUUUGCAAGGAACCCCGGUAGUCGAAAAAAGUGAUGAUGCGACUGAUGGCAAAGAAGUUGUUCACAAUCUAGGGAAUAGAGGUCGUCGAAUAGAUGGUAGGCCUCUUAAAGGUGACAUGAAUUGGGAUGAUGGAAUCAAGAUUGAUGUUGGUGAGUUUGAUGGUCAUCUACGACCUGAGGAGUUCUUAGAUUGGAUUGAUAAGAUAGAGAGGCAACUUAAAUGGUCGUCAACUCGUAGGAUGGAUCUAGGUCAGGGUACAAUGAGUUUUGGGAGGACUCAAGCUGGGAUUGUACCCACUGAAGCCCCAAAUGUACCUUUCUCUAGGCCAAACCAGCCCACUCAGCCUCAAGCACCCAAGGGUAAAGGCAUCCUAGGUGCAAAACCAUCCUCAUAUAAUUGUUAUAAGUGUGGUCAACUAGGGCAUAUAUCGUCAGCUUGUCCAAGAAGGAAAUUUGUUCCUCUGUCUUACUUAAUAGAGCAAGAGUCAGGUGAACCCCAUCUUGAGGAUGAGCCUAACUUUGAUGAAUCAUUUGGUGAGGAAGAACCUGAUAUGAAUCAUUCAAGAAGUAGAGGGUGA